AUGUAUUUCCAGUUCUCGCAUUUUGACCGGAAUGACGUUGCUCUAAGUCACUUUGCCGAGUUCAUCAGGAAGCAGGGCCAUGAGGGACGGGAACAGGCUGAGAAACUGAUGGAAUUCCAGAAUCGGCGGGGUGGUCGGAUCUUGUUAGAGGACAUCAAGCCAGAGCAGGAUGACUGGAGCAAGGGUGUGGCAGCAAUGCAAGUUCUGCAGAUGGAAAAGGGCAUGAACCAGUGCCUGCGGGAUCUGCACAAACUUGCCACUCAUCACGCUGACCCUCAUCUGUGUGAUUUCCUGGUGAACCACUACUUGGAUGAGCAAGCAGAGAUUAUCAAGAAGCUUAGAGAUCACAUCACCAAUCUGAAGAGACUGGAAGACCCUGAGAAUGGUCUUGGAGAGUACCUGUUUUACGGAUUCUCCCUGGAUUGA